UAUAUCAUAGAGCAUCUCAAAUGGGUUCCACCCACAGCUUCCUUGAGCCCUCCUGAAAAGAUUUGCUUCUUCUUCAGAGAGCUUGCCGCUACAAGCGUAUAUUGAUUUCAAAACAUGUCUGUUUCUUUCCCUUCUUGGCUCUUCAAUUUCUUCUAGCGUCUCAGCCAAUUUUUAUUUUCUUUACGCCAACAUUUUCAAAACCCCUUUGCAAGAAGACCAUCGUUUUCAUCGUUUUCAUAUGGCCUUUCCUGAGUAUCUGACGGCUGACAUUCUCUCAAGACUACCCGCCAAAUCUCUGGUUCGGUUCAGCUCAGUACGCAAAGAAUGGAAAGCUCUGAUCAGAGACCCCCAUUUCAUUUCUCAGCACCUCAAUCUCAAUAUUGCAAAAGAAGACCAAAGUGGACGCCUUCUGGUAAAGUACCGUUGCAAUGUUACUCGUAAGAACGUCAUUUCUCUGCUUUUACAUGGCACAAAUGGUUACAUGUUAUCAAAAUUGGAGAUACCAUCAUCUGUAAUCGAUUCUCAUCACUCGAAACUUGUGGGGUCUUCUAAUGGCUUACUUUGUUUCGCUCAUGAUAAAUCUGCUCAUCUUUGGUCACCUAUGAUUUUGUUGUGGAACCCUGCUAUAAGGGAAUUUAGUGUCCUACCAGACUCAGUUAUUGAUUCUGUCAAUGAUGAUGAUAAUGUUCAGGUCCGUGGUGUUGCCCACGGAUUUGGGCACCACCCUCUUAUUGAUGACUAUAAGGUUGUGAGGAUUGUGUCUUUGUCUUGCUUUGGUAAUGCUUGGAUACGGGCGGAGGUGUAUUCUCAAAAAAUGGAUUGUUGGCAGGAGGUUAAUACUUUUCACUUUGAAAUAUAUGAACAUUCGUGCACGGCUCUGAACGGUUUGCUUUAUUGGAUUGCAUAUGGCAGGGGGGGUCGUGAAUUCAUCGUAUCGUUUGACAUGUGUGAUGAUGUGUUUGGGGAAUUGCAGUUGCCAGAUUUAAGCUUUCUAGAAACCCCGAUGUGCACAAAACUGGCGGAAUUAAAGCAAUCUCUUUAUUUGAUAGUGUAUAAUUUUAGUGGGAGGCAAAGAGAGAUUUAUGUAUGGAAAAUGAUUGAGCAUGAUGCUGAGGUUUUUUGGAAAAGGGAAUGGACAAUUGGACCCCUGCUUGGAAUUGAGAGGCCACUGGGAUGCGGUUUAUAUGGUGAAAUUUAUAUGGAAAGUAGAAAAGGGGAGCUGGUUUUGUACAAUCCAAGUAGUGAAGAAGCUAAACACAUUCCAAUUUGUGGCCUUCGCUGUUCCUUAGAAGUUCAUUUUUAUGUGGAGAGCCUAGUUUCAACUAAAGGACAACAUGAAGUCUUACAAGAGACUAACAAGAGGAUCAUGUAGUUCUGGUUCUGCUCUCUGUAUGGAGAAAUAUCAACAGAAGGGCAGCCUAGAAGAUUUCAAGUCUCAAAUUCCACAUUGUCUUCAUGUUCUAUGUUCUGUUAGGGUCAUGACAACUUCUGUUACAAAAAUCUUCUGGCUAUUAUGUUCGACCAAGCUCAGACUUUGGUGCCUCCUACUGUUUCCUGGUUUUGCAGGACAGUGAGGAUAAAGUUCAUGAAAGAGUGAAUUUUGUAUGUCUAUCAGAAGAAGAUUGAGAGGAAAAAGGAGGUAGAGAGAAGAACAAUAGAAGGUGAUGGUUUCACUAUUUCAACUAUUUUAAGUCUCUGCAAAAAAGCUACUGGGUUUGAGAUUGCCGUGGAUGAUUCAAAGCUACUGUUUCAAGGCAGAGCAUGGACAACAUAUGAGAACAAAGGCCUUCUGUACUCCCUUGUAUUUUGGGGCUUUUUUUAGUUUUUUUAAUGUAGAAAAAUAAAACAUAACAGAGUUAACCUUGUUAUAAAUUGAAGGACGCGUAU